AAGCCCUGCAUCUUUCCACUAGCUAGUGAUUUUAGGGCCUGAUUCGUAGCCAGCUGGAGUAAAACAUGCCCACAUGGGAUUCUCCCUGGAGAGGCAGGAUGCCGAGUGCGACCCUGCCACUCAGCCUUCCCUUACGCUCAGUGCCCAGGGAGAGGAGCGUAAAAUAAAUGUGAUGGAGAUGACAGUCCCUUCUCGUCGUCCCUGAAGGAGCCUGCACGCUGGGUCCUGCACUUUCGGAGGAGCAGCAGCAGCAGCAGCGAGUCCCCUGCCCUCGGGGAGGGGGCUCGCUCCAACCGAGCCUGCGGGAGUCUUUAAAAGGACUUCUCGGAGCUGGAAGGGGGCUAGACGAGGGGAGCAAAUGCAGAUCUCCUCUGAUAGCCCUUUCUCUUCUCGCUGGGCACAGAGUGGGUGCUCCCAGCCCCUCCCCGGAGCCGCCGCUCCCCUCGCAAGGCGCAGACCCCGCACCCGUGGCAGGGGGCUGCCGCCUCCUCGGGGAGGGGGGGGGGGGGGGCCGGGGCAGGACAGCGGGACCGGCAGCACAGCGGGGUGACAGAGCCAGGAACAAGAUGCCCAUGAAGUUUAAUUUCUCUUAGCCUUAAAAGAAAAACUGAGGAGUAAAAGUUAUGGAUCCUUUAUACUUUUCCAACACAUUUAGCACAGAAGCUAGUUCCAGCGACGUGAAUUCCUCACUGCUGACAAAUGUGACAGAGAAUGGGACGCUCUCAGAGCAGCCCUCAUUCAAAUACAUCCACAAAGUCCUGAUUCCCAUCUGUUACCUCCUUGUAUGUGCGGUUGGACUCAGCGGCAACACAUUGGUCAUUUAUGUGGUUUUGCGCUAUGCCAAGAUGAAAACCGUCACCAACAUAUACAUCUUGAAUUUAGCUGUUGCCGAUGUACUCUUCAUGCUGGGCCUGCCCUUCCUGGCCACCCAGAAUGCCAUCUCCUAUUGGCCUUUUGGCUCCUUUUUGUGCAGGCUGGUUAUGACUGUAGACGGUAUUAACCAAUUCACUAGUAUUUUUUGUUUGACUGUGAUGAGCAUGGACCGCUACCUGGCAGUAGUUCAUCCCAUUAAAUCAACCAAGUGGAGACGUCCCAGGGUGGCCAAGCUCAUCAGCGUGACUGUCUGGACAUUCUCGUUCUUGGUGGUGCUUCCAGUCAUCAUCUUUUCAGAUGUGCAGGAAGACUUUCACACCUGCAACAUGAACUGGCCAGAGCCCGUCAACAUCUGGUCAGCAGCAUUCAUCAUUUACACAUCGGUCCUUGGUUUUUUUGGUCCUUUGUUGGUGAUCUGUCUCUGCUACUUGCUGAUCGUGAUUAAAGUCAAAUCUUCAGGGAUCCGAGUUGGGUCUACGAGGCGCAGGAGAUCAGAGAGGAAGGUGACCAGGAUGGUGGUGAUCAUUGUGGUGGUCUUUGUGUUUUGCUGGCUCCCGUUUUACAUGAUGAACAUUGUGAAUUUGAUAUUUAUACUGCCGGAAGACCCUGUGUUGGUAGGGGUGUACUUCUUUGUGGUGGUCCUGUCCUAUGCAAACAGCUGUGCCAACCCCAUUCUUUAUGGAUUUCUUUCUGACAACUUCAAGCAGAGUUUUCAGAAAGUCCUUUGCCUCCGAAAGGGCAAUGGUGUAGAGGAUGGUGACCCCAUUGAACACAGGCAAGAGAACAGCAGCCGCUUGCAGGAAUCGAUGCUAACCCAGAGAAAUAUUGAAUUCAAUGGACAUAUGCAAACUAGCAAGGUCUAAGGGCAUGGUUUGGUACUGCAAAGCACUUGUAGACCUGGAGAACUUGAGGACUUAAAGGAGAGAGGGGUUCAUAGUAAAGCUAAAAUCUGGAGACCCACAAGCUCAAAUAAAUGUACAUAGACUUCUCUUCACCCCCCUCCCUUUCCCAGCUAAAAGUGUUAUGGGCUAUACUGGGCUGUGUAAGCUCUUACAGUGUUUUAGCUGAGUCAGACGUGUGUUACCACUUUCUGUACUCUAGAGAACUGAUUUACUGGUACACACUGCCAGCUUUGUACUGCUCUAGUGAUGCAAAACAACACUAAACCUGUUUUAACUACCUUGUUAAGCUGAGUUUAUGGCUGCUUUGCACUGUUGGGAUCAGCUCAAAGCAGAAAACAGCUCAGAUAAUAUCUUUGGAAGUCUUCAAGGGGAUCUCUUAAAAGAAAAACACUAUUUCUUAAGAGGAAGUCUCAUACAAAAGAGGCCACAGCACUGAUCUUAAAAUUGUGUAUGAGCCAUGGUUCUAGAGUGCUGUGUAGUCCAUUUACAUUGUUUUACUGUCAUUAACCCAUGGAAGAGAUUCAUAGUAUUCAGAAAUCUUUCAAACACAAUAAGAAAGAAUAAAAACAAGAGUAGGAAAACAUUGUUGAAAGGAUUCAAUGUAUUCAUAAUACUUUCACAUUCUAAACCAAACUGCAUAUAAAAUGUAAUGUAACCACUUUAUUAUUAUGUAAGUGACGAUGAUUGUGAAGUCCUGGAAAGCUGUUGUGUAUAUGUAUUGGUUCUGAAUGUAAGUAUGGACGUGAAUAUAAACUGUAUUUUCAGAAAUUAAAACAAGUUCAAUCCC